AUGGCACCUUUAUAUAAUUUGUUGAAAAAAGAUGUGAAAUUCCAAUGGUCAAAAACAUGCCAAGAAGCGUACGAGUUAUUGAAGCAAGACGUAACGUCGGAUCAGGUUUUGACACAUUUUAAUCCAAAAAUUCCAAUAGUUUUGUCAACUGAUGCUUCUAAUUCAGCGGUAGCAGGGGUUUUGUCACAUAUUUUUGCAAAUGGUGUUCGAAAACCAAUUGCGUUUAUUUCUCGUGCACUUUCACAAACAGAAAAAGGCUACAGUACUAUUCAAAAGGAAGCAUUGGCUAUAGUUUACAGCGUCUCAAAAUUAAAACAAUAUUUAUUAGGCGUUCAUUUUACAUUAGAGUCUGAUCACAAACCACUUUUGGCUAUUUUUGGUGAGAAUAAAGGUUUACCAGUUAUGGCGGCAGCAAGGAUGCAAAGAUGGGCUUUUAUUUUGUCUGGUUUCGAUUACUCUAUCAAAUAUAUUAAAGGUGAACUUAAUCAAGCCGAUCACUUAUCGCGGAUUCCGCAAGAAGAAGUAGGCAAAAUAAGUAACGAUUUUUCAUAUAUAAAUUUAGUUGAAACAGAUAACCAGUUGAAACUAGAUUUCAAAAAUAUUGCAAAAGAAACUAGACGCGACCCGAUUCUUUCAAAAUUGGUAGAUGCGAUAAAUAGUGGUACAAUUGAUGCGUUAAUGGGCGAAGAAUUUGGCCCUUUUCGUAAUAAGAAAAAUGAAUUGUCGGUUGAAUACAAUUGUAUUCUAUGGGGCUAUCGAACGAUUGUUCCAUUUAAAUUACGUGAAGAGGUAUUGAAAGAAUUACAUCUGUCACACUUAGGCAUAGUAAAAACCAAAGCAUUGACACGUUCGUAUGUUUGGUGGCCUAAAAUAGACCAUAAUAUUGAGAAAAUGAUUUCGAGUUGUGUUUCUUGCAAGCUUACUCAGUCGAGUCCAGAAAAAUGUCCUUUAAUCCCAUGGACACCCACUGAAUCAGCUUGGUCUCGAAUCCAUGUAGAUUUUGCUGGGCCUAUAAAUGGAUUUUAUUUUCUAAUCAUCAUAGAUUCGUAUUCUAAAUGGGUUGAAGUUUUUAAAACUCAUGAAAUGACAUCGAUAUUUACAAUCAAUAAACUGCGAGACGUCUUUUGCCGUUUUGGUUUAGUUGACACAUUAGUAAGAGAUAACGGGAGACAAUUUAUUUCGUUGGACUUCCAACAGUUUUUGGCAAACAAUGGCAUUAAGCAUAUUUUGACCGCUCCAGGUCAUCCGGCAACCAAUGGCCAAGCAGAAAACUUUGUAAAAACACUUAAAAAGUCGUUGCAUGCCAUUUUAAACGACACUGGUGGUGGCAGCAAAAAUAUGGACUUAAUAUUAAAUCGGUUUUUGUUCGAUUAUAGAUGUGCAAAACACUGCACCACUGGUGAACCACCAGCAAAGUUAUUGCUUGGUAAAGAGUUAAAAAAACGAUUUAGUUUAAUGAAACCACCAUUGGUGCGAGAAAAGAUUUGUGAUAAGCAAUUAUCAAACAUUAAAAAUUUUAAAGGCUCAAGAAAUGUUAAAUUUGAAGAAGGUGAAAAUGUUUACGUGCGCGAUAAUUCAAAUCCGAAUAAGGACGGUUGGCAACCAGCUACCGUAAAGAAACGUAUUGGCUCACGAUCGUAUAGUUGUGUUCUUACAAUAUUACAAUAUUAUUAUUCUUCAUAA